AUGGCGGGAGCCUCCGACCCGCUGGAGGACAUGCUGCUGAGAGAUCUGGACGAGAGGGCCGUGCGGGACCUGGUGGGGAGUCUGGAGGACCAGCUGGGGGACCGGGGGGACCUGGGGGACCGGGGGGACCGGGGGGACCGGGGGGACCGGGGGGAGGACACCUCCACCGGGAGUCUCUCCACCGGGAGUCUCGGGGCUCCUCUCUCGGCUGUGGAGCAUCUUAAAGUCCCCUCUCCUUCUUCUUCUACCUCCGGAGCAUCAGGUCUACAAACAGCUGCUGGAGCCCCUGCCGGACCUGAACCCCCGACCUCCUCCUCCUCUCAGGGGCCACAGAGUCUAAACUCCGGGACGCUGGUGAACUCGGUGACCCCUCAAACUGGGACUAGCACCGGGAUCAGUACCGCACACAACGGAGUGGAGCCCAAGCUGGGGUCCCUGAGCUCCCCCCAGGUGACCCAAAGCUCCCCCCAGGUGACUCACAGCGCCCCCCAGGUGACUCACAGCGCCCCCCAGCUGACCCAGGUAACCCACAGCGCCCCCCAGGUGACUCACAGCGCCCCCCAGCUGACCCAGGUAACCCACAGUGCACCACAGGUGACCCACAGCGCCCCCCAGGUGACUCAGGUGACCCACUGCGCCCCCCAGGUGACCCACAGCGCCCCCCAGGUGACCCACAGCGCCCCCCAGGUGACUCAGAUGACCCACAUCGUCCCCCAGGUGACCCACAGCGCCCCCCAAGUAACCCAGGUGACCAACAGCGCCCCCCAGGUGACCCACAGCACCCCCCAGGUGCAAAACAAGAUGCCCGUGACUGGGGGCUCUGUGAUCCUGGCGCCCCCUCCCCCAGCGAUGGCCUUGAAGCCGGCUAUGAACGGGGUGGCAGUGGUGAGGCCCCCGGGAGCCGCCAUGAUGGUGAGGCCCCCGGGGACCCCCGUGAUGGUGAGGCCCCCAGGGAACCCCGUGGUGACGGUGGCCCCCUCCCUCCAGCAGCAGAGGCCCGGGCUGGUGGCCCCCGGCAGAGCGACGGCCCCCCAGCUGGCUGUGAGGCCCCAGCAGCAGCAGACCACCAUCCAGCUGCCCCCAGGGUUCAGCAUGCCCCCUGCCAAUGAGUUCAAAGUGUCUUCAACCAAUCAGUGA